AUGACGAGUAAUGGUAUAACAUCACCAUCAGCAUUAUCAAAUGGUGGCAAAGCAACAACAACAACAACUGCAACAGCAGCAGCAGUAGCAUCGGCAUCAGCAACCAAUAUAGCAUUGAAUGGUUCAACAGGGAAGAUGCCUAUUCACAAUAUAUCGUCACCACCAAUAUCAUCCACUUCGUCUACAGCUCCAUUACAAUCAAACGGAUCUUCAAAUCAACAGCAAUACUAUGGUGUUACAGAACCAAUCUCGUUGGCUUCUCCCACCUCAAUCGACACGAAGCAAUCGACAGAGUUGGAGACUACGCUUAGAGGAUUCAACCUUUUCGAACCACCAGAAGAGAGUAGAUUACGUGAAGAGGUAUUAGGUAAAUUAGAUGCUAUCGUCAAGCAGUGGGCUAUCAAAGUUAGCGUUUUAAAGGGAUUUACAGAACAAAUGGCAAGUGAAGUAAUAGCUAAAAUAUUUACAUAUGGUUCUUAUAGAUUGGGUGUACAUGCAUCUGGAUCAGAUAUUGAUACAUUGUGCGUCACACCAAAACAUAUAAUGAGAGCUGACUUUUUUGGUACCUUGGCUGAUGUUUUGUGUGUCCAUCCAGAGAUUACAGAGUUUACGGUAAGUACCUUUUUUAGCGGUAGUAGCGGUAGCAGUGGUGGUAGCAGUAGUGGCAGCAGUGGUCUUCAAAGAAUAUUAAUAAAAAAAACAAUGGUAAUGCCUGUUAAAGAUGCAUUUGUACCAGUUAUUAAAAUGAUAUUUUGUGGUAUACCAAUUGAUUUAAUUUUUGCAAGAUUAUCAAUUCCAGCCAUCCCCGAAGAUUUGAACGAUCUCAUUGAUGAAAACUAUCUCAAGAAUGUCGAUGACAAAUGCAUUGUCAGUUUAAAUGGUUGUCGUGUAACUGACCAAAUUUUAAGAUUAGUUCCAAAUGUCACUACUUUUAGAAUGGCAUUAAGAUGUAUAAAACUUUGGGCUCAACGAAGAGGAGUAUAUUCAAAUGUAUUGGGUUUAUUGGGUGGUGUGUCAUGGGCACUUUUAACAGCAAGAAUAUGUCAAUUAUAUCCAAAUGCAGCACCAAGUACCAUUAUAAAUAGAUUUUUCAAGAUUUAUGAUGGUUGGAAAUGGCCUUCACCUAUUUUACUCUGUCAAAUUCAAGAUGGAGGUCAAUUGGCUGCAAAAGUUUGGAAUCAAAAGAGAGAUAAAAGUCAUUUAAUGCCAAUUUUAACACCAGCAUAUCCAUCGAUGAAUUCAACAUACAAUGUAUCGAGAUCGACAUUGAGUUUAUUAAAGAGUGAGUUUUCAAGAGGAGCAGAGAUUACGAAAAAGAUUGAUAGUGGUGAGCGUAAAUGGACAGAUCUAGUUGAAAAAGGUGAUUUCUUUACGAGAUAUAGAUUCUAUUUGCAGAUUGAUGUGUCUGCACCCGAAGAAGACACACACAGAAAGUGGGAGGGUUGGAUUGAAUCGAAACUGAGAAUAUUAAUAUCCAACCUCGAGCAAACACCCAACAUGAAAUUUGCCAUACCCUAUGCCAAGAGCUUUGCCAACAAGGCCUCUGCAGUGAAUGGAGGUAUCUGCACAUGCUUCUUUAUGGGUCUUCAGUUUAACUUUUCCACAGCUAUUGGCGCCGACAAGAACGUCGAUUUGACUGGCGCCGUUACCAGUUUUACCAAUCUCAUCAAAGAUUGGCCUGGUAAGUUACCAACCAUUGAAAUGAAGAUUCACUAUAUAAAGAAAAAGAAUUUGCCAGUAUUUGUUAAAGAUGAAGGUCCUGAACAUCCACCAAAACAAAAAACUGCUGCUAAAAAGAGAAAUGUAUCUGGUAAUCUUGUUAAUAAUAAUAAUAAUCAAAAUAAUACUGCCGCUGGAGAAUCAACAUCAACAACGACGACGACUACACCAACAGGAACAGCAACACCACCACCUUCCUCAACAGAUGCAAAGAAAAAGGUUAAAACUGAUCAUCCCCCUUCACAAACUACAACUCCAACUGCCGCCUCUAGUACUUCUUCACCUCCAUCACCAUUGGCAACAGAUCAUGUUGCCGUAGUUGCUCUUCCAACUACAACAGAAACAGCAGCAGUAUCCAACCAACCAAAUAUAUCACCUCAACCAAUUUUACCAAUAUCUGUUAGUGACAAUAAUAAUAAUAUUAGUAUUGAUGGUGAUAAUGUAAAUAUGAAUGAAAUUAAAGAUAGCAACAUUGAUGAACAACUCCAAUCACCACCAUCCGAGGUACCAACAAUCGUUGCUGCUUCUACAACCACCCCUACCAAUACAACUCCAUCAACCAAAAAAGCAGAUAAUUCAUCACCAACUGAAGUUUCAGAAUUGGAUUUCAUCAGCAGUUCCUCUGCACCAAAACCAGAUGUCCCCAAAGGUCCUCAACCAAAAAAAGCAGCAAUUAGUUUAAUCCGAGGUUAA